AUCUGUGAGGGUCGCCACUCCCGAGCGCGGCGUAGCGCGGGUGCGACCGUCCGAGAGAUGUCCAGUGGAAGGAUCAAAGUGAAGAGGAGCGACCGGCAGACCGGCGGCGCCAAACAGGCUCCGAAUUCAUAGGAGAGGACCCUAAAGCGGCCCUAAAUAGAUUCGGGUCCUGGUUUAUCAUAUUCCUACUACGCACCUUCCUACUUCCGGUCCUGUUGAUCCCGUUGUUUAUCGUUACAUUCCCGGUGUUACGUUUCCCCGGUUCACAAGAGCAACGUUGUUCUCCGAACAAGAUCAACGUUGUCGUCAAGAGAAAUCCGACGACGACACAAUCAGCAUAGCAGCACCAGCAAUAACAUCUCCUACAAAACAGUGACUGUUUGCUGCAAACCUUUCUAAAGUGUGUGACAUUUUUAAAUUGUCAUUUGUUAAAUUGUGAGACACAAGUGUCCCAUGGAUUAUUGAUGAUCAUGAUUAUUGGUUGAAGGUGCAUGGUGCGUGUUACGUUCUAAAAGUGUUGGUUAGUUAAUGAUUGACUGGCUGCACAGUUUUUGGUGAUUCUUCUUAGCAGUUUUUAAUAAAUAAACAGUAGCUCUGGCAAUAUUCUUUAAGUGGCCAACUUCCCGCGGGAGGGAAGUGGGCAUCCUUCCGAAUUCAACGACGUUCACUGGGAAAAACUUGCCCCGAAAUAGCCCAGAGACUAUUAGCUGCGAUAAAGCUUGUGAUCAAUCUGGUGAUUUGGAAAAAAACGGUGACAGAAUUAGAGAUAGAGCUGGAGGAGGAAGAGGAGGAGAAUGAACGUUGAUGGGAUAGUUAGGGACCCGUUUGAGUGCUUUACAGGUGUUUAAUUGAGCCAACCUGAUCAUCAGGGGCUUUUAAACACGUAUUUAUUACAUAUUAACAAGGUGCAGAGAGUCUCUGAGCGAGUAACUAUGAAGUCUUAUGCACCAACGGCGACGACCUCGUGGAGGAGUCUCACGCUUCUAGUAAUCACCGCUGCUCUUCUACCCACGUUACAUCACUCGCUCUUCGUGCAAGCCGCCGCGGCAGGUGGCAGCAUGCUGGGCGACGUUAACAUUUCAGCAAUACUAGAUUCGUUUUCAGUUAGUUACGAUAAAAGAGUAAGGCCGAACUAUGGAGGUCCGCCUGUCGAGGUUGGCGUCACCAUGUACGUCUUGAGUAUCAGCUCGCUAUCAGAAGUCAAAAUGGAUUUCACGUUGGAUUUCUACUUCCGGCAAUUUUGGACUGACCCGCGGCUUGCAUUUAAAAAGCGGCCUGGAGUUGAAACGCUCAGCGUCGGUUCGGAAUUUAUUAAAAAUAUCUGGGUACCAGAUACAUUUUUUGUCAACGAAAAACAGUCGUACUUUCACAUUGCUACCACCAGCAACGAGUUCAUUCGUAUACAUCACUCUGGCAGUAUUACACGGAGUAUACGAUUAACAAUCACGGCUUCGUGUCCAAUGAAUCUACAGUACUUCCCGAUGGAUCGACAACUUUGUCACAUCGAAAUCGAAAGCUUUGGAUACACAAUGCGCGAUAUUCGGUACAAAUGGAACGCCGGCUAUCAAUCGGUCGGCAUCUCAAGCGAGGUGGAACUCCCGCAGUUUCGCGUACUCGGGCACAGGCAGCGACAGCGAAACAUACAACUAUCUACAGGAAAUUAUUCUCGGCUAGCCUGUGAGAUCCAGUUCGUACGAUCGAUGGGCUACUACCUGAUCCAGAUCUACAUACCCUCGGGAUUAAUCGUGAUAAUCUCAUGGGUGAGCUUUUGGCUAAACCGAAACGCAACCCCCGCUCGGGUCGCCCUCGGAGUAACCACUGUGCUCACCAUGACAACCCUCAUGUCCUCGACUAACGCGGCCCUCCCCAAAAUCUCCUACGUCAAGUCCAUCGAUGUCUACCUGGGAACUUGUUUCGUCAUGGUCUUCGCCUCGCUCCUCGAGUACGCCACGGUCGGUUACAUGGCUAAGAGGAUCCAGAUGCGCAAGAAUAGGUUCCAAAAAAUAGCUGAGAGUAUGAAAGCUGCCAGGGAAAAUCCAGGACCACCAGGUGUACCUGGUGAUCAUGGUGAUCAUGCGCCCAAACAAACUUGGUCCCGUGUUGUCCAGGAGGUGCGGUUCAAGGUCCACGACCCAAAGGCACACAGUAAAGGUGGAACAUUAGAGAACACCAUAAACGGCCGGGCUGACGAAGAAGCUCCUCCGGCGCCUCCUCAUCUUAUUCAUCCGACCAAAGACAUCAGCAAGCUCUACGGUACGCCAUCAAAGAAACGUGUGAUUUUUACAGGUAUCACGCCCUCGGAUAUCGACAAAUACUCGCGGAUCGUCUUUCCCGUGUGUUUUGUCUGCUUUAAUUUGAUGUACUGGAUAAUAUACCUGCACAUCAGCGACGUUGUCGCGGACGACUUGGUGCUACUGGAGGAGGCCAAAUAAACUAAGAAACGUUCAUCUAAAUGUUACAUCGUUAAAUCUCAGCGUGAAAUCUCAACUCGAUCGAGAGCUGAAGCAUCGACACCACGGGAUUUAAUCGUUAAAAUAUAUUUAAAAAAUAAAAUAUUAAAAAUACUAAAACCGUGCUGUGACUAAUUACCGACUUUCAGGCACUGUGCGACACUCACUCGUCGCGUCGUCCAAUCAUCAAAAAAAAAAAAAAAAAAAAAAAAAAAAAUAUUAACUAUUAAUAAGCAUUUUAAAGGAUCCUUUUCACACAGGAGAUGAUUAAUAAUUAUUUUAUUUAUUUGAAAAAAAAAAAAGAAAAAAUUAAAAAAAAUACGUGAUGAAUUAAUUUAAAAAAAAUGAAUAAAAACACAUGACCAUUGCCGGUUACUCUGGCCGGCGUAUCAAAUGGUCUAUGCUCAAUGACUUUUUUUUCCUCGGGGAAAAAACGCAAACACGAUCGCCGAAGUGACUUCAUAGCCUACUAAAUGGAGGAUUUAAAAAAAAAAUUAAACUAAUAAUUGAAUUAACCUCGUAGGUUGUUUAUUAUUAUUAAAACUAUUAAAAAUAUGCUCAUAAAAGAAGUAUUAGACAAAAUUAAACUAUCUGUGAAAUAAAAAAAAAAAAACGUAAAUAUUAAAUAAUAAUGUGCAGAAGUCAAAAUUUCUGCGAUCGUUAAGCGCAAUGAAGACUGAAGCAUGUCGAGCCGUAAUAAUAAAGCAUGGACGGAAA